GACGGAUUUGGCGUGCGGUGGUUGGCACAGGCGGCGAGUGGCUGGUGGCGGAGGUAGUGAGGCAGUGUGGCCCUUGACUGUGUCCCCGGCGGCGGUCGCUUAUGUUCUCUCAUUCCUCGUCAUGUUCUCCUGGCUCAGUAGAGAUGAUAUCAAAAAACGUCACUUACAGAUGUGUGAAUCAGUGCUGGAGGGGCUCAAGGUGGUUUACAAGAACAAAGUCCUGCCCCUCGAGUCCCACUACAAGUUUGAGGACUUCCACUCCCCUCCCCUGAACGACACGGACUUCGAUGCCAAACCCAUGAUUCUCCUGGUGGGGCAGUACUCUACCGGCAAGACCACCUUUAUCCGCUACAUCCUCGAGAAGGAUUUCCCGGGGAUCCGCAUAGGCCCGGAACCCACGACGGACAGCUUCGUUGUGGUCAUGUACAACGAGAGGGAAGGUAUUAUUCCUGGCAACGCCCUCGUGGUCGACCCCAAGAAGCCCUUCCGUCCUCUGUCAAAGUACGGCAACACCUUCCUCAACAGGUUCCAGUGUUCCCACGUCAGUUCCAAUGUGCUGAAGGGUCUCACUGUCGUUGACACUCCCGGUAUAUUGUCUGGAGAAAAACAGAGGGUCGACCGAGGCUACGACUUCCACUCUGUGUUAGAAUGGUUCGCCGAAAGAGUCGACAGAAUCAUCCUACUGUUCGACGCCCACAAACUCGACAUCUCAGAUGAAUUUCGAUGCUUCCUGGAGCGUCUCAGAGGUCAGCACGAUAAGAUCAGGAUCGUACUCAAUAAGGCUGAUAUGAUCGACCAUCAGCAGCUGAUGCGGGUGUAUGGCGCCCUCAUGUGGUCUCUGGGCAAGAUCCUCAACACACCAGAGGUAGAAAGAGUCUACGUCGGCUCCUUCUGGAACCAGCCGCUUAGAUACGACAUUAAUAGAUCAUUGUUUGAAGCUGAAGAGCAAGAUCUGUUCUCCGAUUUACAAUCUCUGCCCCGGAAUGCAGCGCUUAGGAAACUCAAUGAUCUCAUCAAACGUGCCCGCCUCGCUAAGGUUCACGCAUACAUCAUCGCCGAGCUGAAGAAGGAGAUGCCAUCUAUGUUUGGCCGAGAGAAUAAGAAGAAGGAGCUCAUCAAGAACCUAAGUACCAUCUAUGAAAAGAUUCAACGGGAACACCAGAUCUCUCCUGGAGACUUCCCAGAGAUCAAGAGAAUGCAGGAUCAACUCCAACAUCAUGACUUCACCAAGUUCAAUGUAAUGAAGCCCCGACUGCUAGAGGCUGUGGACAGGAUGCUGGCAGAAGACAUUGCCCGUUUGAUGGCAAUGAUCCCAGUCGAAGAAGCAGCCUCAAACAAAGAAAAUGCAGUCAUUCGUGGUGGUGCUUUUGAUGGUGUGAUGAAUGACAGCACAGUUUUUGGUUUCAAGAGAGGAGAGGGAGCAGAUGCAGGAGCUGGUGACCCAGAUUGGAUAGUAGCCAAAGAUCGCUUCAAGUAUGACCAACUUUUUGACAACCUUAACCCUGUCGAUGGCAAGAUCACUGGCUCAGCGGCUAAGCACGAGAUGCUCAAGUCAAAGUUACCCAACUCAGUACUGGGCAAGGUUUGGAAAAUGUCUGACAUUGAUAAAGAUGGUAUGUUGGAUGCAGAUGAGUUUGCACUAGCAAUGCACCUGAUCAACAUCAAGUUGGAUGGUAACGAUUUGCCCAACGACCUCCCUGAACACCUAGUGCCUCCGAGUAAGAGAGGGUUCCAGGCCUAAUUGAAAUACUUAAUUCUUAAUGGCAGUACGUAAAGAUUUCUUUGUUUUGAAUGAGGACGAUGUGGCUCAGCUCACAGCUUUUAUAUGGCUACACUUUGUUGAUGGUGGUGUCUAGAGGGAAUGUUUGUGUAGAAAAAUAAAUAUUCAAAUUAACUAUUAUAUUUAUGUAUUCAUUAACUGAGAGAAUAAAGUUAGCUCUAUAUAGAUUUAUAAUUUUUUUAAUGGAGAAAUAGUUGGCAAAUUAGCAUCUAUUGAUGUACUUCUCUGCCUUGAAUGGUGGUUCUUCCAUUGGCUCAUAUAUUUCAUGUGACAAAGGACAAUAGUAUUAGAAAGGAAAUUUUGUUUUUUGAAUUUUAUAUAUAUAGAAAGACUAUUUCUGUCCAACACAAAAAGAUAUUGUUGGACAUGUCUAUAAUUGUCAUGAGUGGGUCAUAUAUUCUUUCUGACAAAUUAGUGUAUUGCAAAGUUGCACUUCUCUUGCUCAUUUCCCGCUUUGGUGUUUUGAGUGAGGUGCUGAGACCAGUCUCCCAGUGAUUAGAAUAAUUAAAACAGUGUUAAUAGAUUUUUGGGGAUUUUCAGCAUUCACCAGCAAAGAAAACAAAGAUCUAGUCGAUAAUCUACUCUCACUUUCAAAGGCUUUAUACCUUGAGAUAUUCACAAGUCAGUAUUUCAACAAUGGUCUUUGCUAAGUUCUGACUAGUUGGAUUUAUUCUUUGUUCUAUAUACAGUAGAAUAUCUUCAUUUGAGUAAUUUUUUUCUAUGAGUACAGCUACGGUCAUGCACAGCAUUCAUGCUGCUGUUUCUUAAAGAACUUAGCAAAAGCUGUCGUGUAAUUGCUGUCUGUAGUAUAUAGACAUCGGGUAGGCUAAUGUUCACGCAAGUGCCGGAACUUUUUUCCUACAAGCUAAGUCUGUCUGGUGAUUUUUUUCAUAUGUGAAUGAGCCUGGAUUGUAUAAGUUCUUUAUGAUUUGUAAUUGGAGAAUGGAUUGAGUAAAAAAAUUUAUUUGCAAAGCUUUGAUAAGGUGCUAUAUGAUAUGCAAAGCUUGAUUAGUCUUGCUACCAAAUAUUACCACAGUUCAAUAUCAGGAGAUAAUGUCAUUCCAUCAUUUGUUGUGUAGAUUGCGAGUCCUCAUACUGGACCAGUUGUGUUACUUUGGUUAGCACUGCAGCAGUUAAUCCAUGGCCAAUAGCUGGGUAAUAGGUGUUACAGUAUUUGAGAAAGACUAAACUGUCCCCCAUAAUUACUCAGCUUGCUUAUGGACACACAUUCAGAGCUCCAACUUUCCAAAAAAAAAUUUCAGAGUAUUUAUCUUAAAUUUAUUUCUUCAUAUUUAAUUUUGUUGUUUUUUCCAUGGAAGAUUUGUAAAAUGAUUCUUUUGUUACUCAAGUUCUGCUCAGUAUUCAGAUUACAUUCUGUAACCUGGAUAAUGACUGAAGUAACAGGGUGGAGUAGAUAACUGUCAUGUAACUUUUGAAGGCUCGGACAGUCUGUCAGUUUCUUUGAAGCAGGACUGGGAAAUUUUGUUUCUGUUUGUUUUCCUUUUAGUUCUGCAUUAUAGAUCAUUAUAUGCUCAAGAAUUUUUUUCAGCCAUUUUGACUUUAUACUCCACCUUAGUUAUUUCUUCACAGGCUUCGGAACAGCUACUGUGUCCCUGUGUUUAAGAGUUUAUUUUACGAUUGUAAAUUUAUUGUAAAUAGGCAUAAUGUUACAUAUCUUGAGUUUUUAUGCAGUAAAGCAAUUGGAAAUGUCAAUCCCCAAUGUUGCCAACUCUUUCAGGAAACCAAAGAAUUGAUUCCUUGUAUGCCUGUAAAAACUGGUACAGUACAUUCAGAAUAUUUUAUUGUUUGUGUAAGCCAGCAAAAGGAAAAAGUUUAUAACCUCUAAGUAUAUUACUUUAUACAUAAAUUAUGCAAGUAA